GUGAGUGUGUCAUCUUUGUGAAGCUAACCGGAAAUACAGUGGCGUCGUCUGUGUUGUUGUCGCUGACUCGCAUUUUUUUCCCUUCUACUUGGUCUUUAAAUGAUUAUAUUUAUACAAAGGCGACCAGUCGGUGAUUAGUUUGAUUUUUUUCUUUCAUUUUGACCUGGUUGACGACGACAAAUAUCUGUAUUGUUCUCUGAAAGCAGGUUUUAUUAGUGAGUGUUCUGUUCAACAACAACACUCCAUUUAAAUCUCGCAUAAGCGGUCGAGUCGUCGACCUUUGGACUGUGCUCGACAUGGCCGGCAAGAAGAUAUAUGUUAGCAUCGUGUAUGCGAGCUUCGGCAGCCUGUUUGGGCUUUCUGCCUUCCUGGUGUGGAACAUAGUUUAUCGGCAGCCAUGGACGGCCAGCAUGGGAGGCCUCUCAGGCGUGUUGGCGCUGUGGGCGCUGGUCACCCACGUCAUGUACCUGCAGGACUACUGGCGCACGUGGCUCAAAGGCCUCAAGCUCUUCAUCGGCGUGGGCGCGCUCUUCUGCGUGCUCGCCGUCACCGCCUUCAUCACCUUUCUGACGCUGGCCAUCCAGCAGAAGCAAUCCGUGAGCGACCCCAGGAGUCUGUACCUGUCGUGCGUGUGGAGCUUCAUGACCCUCAAGUGGUCCGCCCUCCUGGUCUUCUACUCGCACCGUUACCGCCAGGAGUUCGCCGACAUCAGCAUCCUCAGCGACUUCUAGCCACUCCCCGUAGACUUCCGACAUUUUAGGACCCAAGGGAGGACUCGUCCGCACAAGGUACUCGUCCCGACUUCGACCACCAGGAGGCGCUCUCGCUUCACUCGUACUUCCACACAACCUGAAGAAGGCCGGACUUAUUUACUUAUCCCCCCCUUCCCCCGCGUUCUUCUUGAAAAAGGAAGUCAUCCCGCAGCUUUUCUAUUUUAGGAAAAGUUGCGCAAAUUUCUGAUAAUUAUCCGAUGCUAAAUGCUUAAAUGUUGGUUUCUGUGUGAAAGGCAAUCGUGCACAACUGCCAGGUUUUCUGUAAUGAUGCACCAAUUUAUCGGGAUGUCUUUGUGGGGAAAAAAGCAGUGACCGUUUUAUACGACAAAGGCGUUUUUGUCCGUUAUCUUUUCUUUUUCUUUACCUCAACUCCGAAACUAGAAGACAGGGACUUCAAUUUUCAAUUAAGGAAUUUCCGCAUACGUCACCGACUUAACGGAAAAAUUUUUUUCGGAACGUACCACUAGCUUCUGCUCUCUUGCACUCCAUUAAGUUUGUGGACGCAACACCGUGUUGCGUCAUUUUCAAGCCUAAAAACACAUCGUGAAAAUGACCUUGUUAUAAAUUUCAGUGUCGGCACAUGCAAACAAGCUACGACUUCGGAUUUUGUCGGGAAAGCAUCCGUACCACUCUUCUUCUUUUCUGGUAAUUUAUGUAACAAGGUUUUGAAAAACAAAUGCAAACGUUGCUACGGCAUUUCCGGAGACUGGCAACACACACAUCGGAAAAACAGCACUUUAAAAGUGGAUGUUUUUGGAAAAGGACAUCGUACUUAAAAAAGCAGGACUUGUCCGUUACCGUUCAAUGUUAGCAUACAUGAGUACGUCACAGCUGUAAAAUACAAAUUAUUUCGUAACAUGCUAGCAUGAAUUCGACGCUCCCGCACAUCUUCUUUAGCGUCGGUUAUGCAACACUGUUCUCCAAAAAAAGAUACGAACCAUUCUUACGGAAUUUCCCGAGCCUGAAAACACACUCGGCCCUCCUAAUUGAAUUGUUACCGAACAAUUUUGGCCUACGCUAGUACGUCACAGCUAUAACUUCUUUCGUAACAUGCUAGCAUGAAGUCAACUCUCCUGCACGUCUUUGGGGACUGUUUUCGAAAAAAACGAUACAAUGUCGUUUUGCACCGUUGUUACAUCAUUUUUAGAGAUCGAAAAUGCACACAUCGGAAAACGGGUCUUAAAAGUUUAUGGUUUUGUAAAGAACAUUGCAAUCAAAAACAGGAUUUGUCUGUAAACCACCACAUUUUUUUGUAACAUGCUAGCAUGAAUUCAACUCUCCUGCACGUUUUUCUUCGGGAGGUUGUUUAUUGUUUUCCGAAAAACCAAAUGAAAUUAAAUCAGUGCUGUACUGCUCAUUUGUUUGCGAAAUGAAAACUGAGUGGUUCGGAAAAUAACAUUGUUAUCAUUUCUGUUUCUAUGCUAAAAUGAUCGGAAAUGUGCAAACGUUGAGUUUGGGUUACAACUCCAACAGCUACUUUCGUAACGUGCUGCUAGCAUUGAAUCUUCUUUCCCAACUCCCAAAUUAAAAAGGUAACAAAUUGUUGUCGUUUCGGUCAUUUGUCUACGAACAACGGAAAACAAAAAGUGGAUAUUUUCAACGUGGCCAAGUUAUCACUCCGUAUUAUUGCUGAAAGUGGUCGUACAUUAAAUGUUAAGAGUUCGGUGAAGGUGAAUGUGAGUAACGUUACACCUGACACAAUAAAACAAUUUUCGUAACAUGCUGUCAGGAUGGAAUCUUCUUUCCGAACUCCCAAAUUCAAAAUGUAACAAAUCGUUGCCGUUUCGGUCAUUUGUCUACGAACAACGGAAGACAAAAAGUGGAUAUUUUCAACGUGGCUAAGUUAUCAUUCCGUAUAAUUGCUGAAAGUGUUCGUACGUUAAACGUUAAGAGUUUGGUGAAGGCGUACGUGAGUAACGUUACACCUGACACAAUAAAACAAUUUUCGUAACGUGCUGUCAGGAUGGAAUCUUCUUUCCGAACUCCCAAAUUCAAAAGGUAACAAAUCGUUGCCGUUUCGGUCAUUUGUCUACGAACAACGGAAGACAAAAAGUGGAUAUUUUCAACGUGGCUAAGUUAUCAUUCCGUAUAAUUGCUGAAAGUGUUCGUACGUUAAACGUUAAGAGUUUGGUGAAGGCGUACGUGAGUAACGUUACACCUGACACAAUAAAACAAUUUUCGUAACGUGCUGUCAGGAUGGAAUCUUCUUUCCGAACUCCCAAAUUCAAAAGGUAACAAAUCGUUGCCGUUUCGGUCAUUUGUCUACGAACAACGGAAAACAAAAAGUGGAUAUUUUCAACAUGGCUAAGUUAUCGCUCCAUAUUAUUAUCGAAAAGGGGUCGUACAUUAAACAUUUAGACUAUGGUGAAGGUGAAUGUGAGUAACGUUACACCUGACACGAUAAAACAGUUUUCGUAACGUGCUGCUAGCAUUGAAUCUUCUUUCCGAACUCCCAAAUUCAAAAGGUAACAAAUCGUUGCCGUUUCAGUCAUUCGUCUACGAACAACGGAAAACAAAAAGUGGAUAUUUUCAACGUGGCUAAGUUAUCACUCCGUAUAAUUGCUGAAAGUGGUCGUACGUUAAAUGUUAAGAGUUUGGUGAAGGCGUAUGUGAGUAACGUUACACCUGACACGAUAAAACAAUUUUCGUAGCGUGCUGCUAGCAUGGAAUCUUCUUUCCGAAUUCCCAAAUUCAAAAGGGAACAAACUAUCGCAGUUUCGCUCAUUUAUCUACGAACAACGGAAAACAUAAAGUGGAUAUUUUCAACGUGGCCAAGUUAUCACUCCGUAUUAUUGCCGAAAGUGGUCGUACAUUAAAUGUUAAGAGUUCGGUGAAGGGGAAUGUGAGUAACGUUACACCUGACACAAUAAAACAAUUUUCGCAACGUGCUGUCAGGAUGGAAUCUUCUUUCCGAACUCCCAAAUUCAAAAGGUAACAAAUUGUUGCCGUUUCGGUCAUUUGUCUACGAACAACCGAAAACAAAAAGUGGAUAUUUUCGACAUGGCUAAGUUAUCGCUCCAUAUCAUUACCGAAAAGGGGUCGUACAUUAAAUGUUAAGAGUUUGGGGAAGGUGAAUGUGAGUAACGUUACACCUGACACGAUAAAACAAUUUUCGUAACGUGCUGUUGGCAUGGAAUCUUUUUCCCGAACUCCCAAAUUCAAAAGUUAACAAAUUGUUGCCGUUUCGGUCAUUUGUCUACGAAUAACGGAAAACAAAAAAUGGAUAUUUUCAACAUGGCUAAGUUAUCGCUCCAUAUUAUUACCGAAAAGGGGUCGUACAUUAAAUGUAAAGAGUUUGGGGAAGGUGAAUGUGAGUAACGUUACACCUGACACGAUAAAACAGUUUUCGUAACGUGCUGCUAGCAUGGAAUCUUUUUUCCGAACCCCGAAAUUCAAAAGGUAACAAAUUGUUGCCGUUUCAGUCAUUUGUCUACGAACAACGGAAAACAAAAAGUGGAUAUUUUCAACGUGGCUAAGUUAUCAUUCCGUAUAAUUGCUGAAAGUGGUCGUACGUUAAACGUUAAGAGUUCGGUGAAGGCGUACGUGAGUAACGUUACAACUGACACAAUAAAACAAUUUUUCUAACAUGCUGUCAGGAUGGAAUCUUCUUUCCGAACUCCCAAAUUCAAAAGGUAACAAAUCGUUGCCGUUUCGGUCAUUUGUCUACGAACAACGGAAAACAAAAAGUGGAUAUUUUCAACAUGGCUAAGUUAUCGCUCCAUAUUAUCGAAAAGGGGCCGUACAUUAAACAUUUAGACUAUGGUGAAUGUGAGUAACGUUACACCUGACACGAUAAAACAGUUUUCGUAACGUGCUGCUAGCAUUGAAUCUUCUUUCCGAACUCCCAAAUUCAAAAGGUAACAAAUCGUUGCCGUUUCAGUCAUUUGUCUACGAACAACGGAAAACAAAAAGUGGAUAUUUUCAACGUGGCUAAGUUAUCACUCCGUAUAAUUGCUGAAAGUGGUCGUACGUUUAACGUUAAGAGUUCGGUGAAGGCGUACGUGAGUAACGUUACACCUGACACAAUAAAACAAUUUUUGUAACAUGCUGUUAGCGGAAAUUGUACUUUAGAGUGUUAUUUUGACAUUUUUUCGGCGCCUGGAAACAUGAAGAUUUAUUAAGGACAGAAAAAUAAAAAACGGAUCAUUUUUUUUACAUGCAAAAACUUGACAGCAAGGGAAGUUUUCAGACGUUCAAAAAGUGGUGUUAGCAUGAAUUGUUCUCCAAUGGGGUCAACUACAACUGCAACAUAUUUCUUGGAGCCCGGGAACAACACUUUUGUAAACAUAUCGUCAAGUUUACUUUUUAAAAAAACAAACCUGAUUGAAGGACAACACAAAAAUAUCGGCCCUUUAAAACUUCGUAGCCAACAUCUCCCCCUGCUGGCCUGGCAUGCCUAUUACAGUUUAGCCUCUACGUGAAACAUUUCCAUUUUUACCUGGUCCGUCGUGUAAAACGUCUUCUUAAAGAGACUGCUUAAUUAAAUUUUCAUGCUAAAGGCGCUUGUGGAAGUAUCAAAGCAAGAACCCCCUCUGGACCAAAAAUGGAGCUAGCUAAGAUCAAAGUGUGCAAUUCUCGUCACUUCACGACUUUUCUCAACAUGUUUUUACGUUUCAAAGCAGACAGAACUCUUUUGUUUUUAACGCAGAUCCAGUUAUUCAACUUGUAUGUAUCUUUUUUUUUGUUAUAUAGACAAUAGUUAUGUGUCCAUAAACAGUCCUUAUAUGGUAAAGAAGUAUUCUGCGUGGUGUGGUUGAGGUGAUGGCCACCAGGGGGAGCCCUUGUCCUCACCUUGCUCUUGUGAAAGACCCGACUGAUCGCACUUUGAUGUCCACGCUGUCGUUUGCACUCCGCAGGAGCUUUCUAGAAUGUGCUUUAUCUGCUAUUCCCGUCCCUCGCUUGGAGGACCAGAGCGACUCACUCAAUCCAGAAAUAUUUGGACAUGUUAUGAAUGUUAAGGACGCCCCCUAGUGUACGGCGGAAACACUUCAAGGUGCAUCACUUCCCACUUCCAUGUAUGUUGUGUCUCACUAUUAAUAAAGUGAUGCAGCUCCCCCACAA